UCGCUGCCGCCCGGCCUCGCAGGCCAGGCCCUGCUGCGCCCCACUGCCCAGGGAGGAUGUCUUACAAACCGAACUUGACCGCGCACAUGCCCGCCGCCGCCUCCCUCAACGCUGCUGGGAGCGUCAGCCCGCCUUCCACCAACAUGGCGACGUCCUCCCAGUACCGCCAGCUGCUGAGUGACUACAGACCACCAUCUCUAGGCUACACGCAGGGAACAGGGAACAGCCAGGUGCCCCAGAGCAAAUAUGCUGAGCUGCUGGCCAUCAUUAAAGAUCUGGGGAAGGAGAUCCGACCCACGUACAUGGGCAGCAAGAGUGCGAUGGAGAGACUGAAACGAGGCAUCAUCCAUGCGAGAGGGCUGGUUGGGGAGUGUUUGGUGGAGACAGAGCGGACCGCCAGGUCCUAG